AUGGAAAACGAAACUGAUCAUGCUUAUCUGAAACUUACCGUUCCCCAACUGAAGGAGGAAUUAAGAAAAAGAGAAGCAACAACAAGAGGGAGGAAGGCUGACUUAAUUGAAAGGCUAAGGGCAUACGACCGAAACAAAGAUUUUAAGAAUGAACCAAUUCUUAUUCCUGAGCCGUUAGAGGUGAACUGGCCUAUGAGGGGAUUCCAACAGCUUCAGGAUGCUCAUAGAGAAGAUAUUCCAGAAAUGUGCAUUGAACAGAUAGACAUGUAUUUUGUACAUAGAUUAGCAGGUGACAAACAAAGCACGGGGGAUGUGAAGGCCAUAGAAAAAGGAAGACUGCUCCUUGACAGUGAAAGGGUUCUGGCUGCUUCAUAUCUGAAACGAGGCAAAGCAUUAUUUUUCACGGGGAUUGUUGGGGCAGCCAUGAAAACAAGAGUAACAUAUAACUUUAAGAUGAAGUUUGACAGAUGUUCCGGAGACAUCAUGAACAGUCAUUGUGAAUGUCCUGCAGGACGAGGGCCACAAGGUACAUGCAAACAUCUUGCUGCAGUUGCACUGAUGUUAUUUUUUUUAGUCAAGGAAAAGGCCUUUGGAUCAAAAGAUCCUGCACGGAAAACCUACAGACAUUUCACAAACCUAAACAUGCAUACUCAGGAUCACCUGUGAAAGCUGAAAAUCUUACAAGGAAGCGUAAAUUGAAUGACGAUUUCUUUGAUGAUCCUCGUCCUGAACAUUUAAGAAAUAUAGCUGGUUACCCUGAAAGAGUUAGAAAUAUGGUUAUAAACUAUUGUUCUGAGACAUCAGAGAAUCUCGCAUUUAGAUAUCUCAUCAAGGGAGCAGAUAUCCAGACAGCCGUGCUUGACCAUGACUACUUUGAAAGACCUUUCACAGAAUAUUGGGUACAGCAAGCUGUUGAGUUUACUACAGAUAAAGUAGUUGCAAUUGAGGAGAAGACCCGUGGACAAGCUAGCUCCAAAGACUGGUUCAAGGAAAGGUCAUGGCGAAUCACUGCGUCUCGUUUUGGGGAUAUCUGUUUAGCUACAGACAGGAGGAAUAAGCAGAAACUCUGUGAAUCCAUUCACCAGCCUUCUGCUGCUCUGUUUCGAAGUGAAGCUCUUGUUCAUGGUCGUACCUAUGAGGCACGUGCUAUUAGGAACUUCGAGAAAGAAACCGGAAAAAAGGUUACAAGAUGCGGCUUCUUCGUCGAUAAGGAACAAUCAUACUUAGGUGCAUCACCUGAUGGCCUUGUUGGGAGUGAUGCACUUAUUGAAGUAAAAUGCCCCUUUGCAGGACGCAAUGAGAAAAUCCAACCUGGAAAGCACUUUCCAUUUUUGACAAUAGACUCUUUGACAGGACAAUAUAAGUUAAAACCAAAUUCUAAAUAUUAUUUUCAAAUACAAGGGCAAAUGUAUAUUGCAAAGAGGAAAUUUUGUUACUUUGUUGUAUACAUUUUGAAAGAUUUGUUCAUUCAGAAUAUAGAUUUCGAUCUUCAAUAUUGUGAGAAUUCUCUUCUUCCAAAACUAGAAUUGUUUUAUGAUAAAUAUUUCAAACCAUACUUGUCAUCCAUAUUGUGAGUUAAAUUUACAUGUUAAGUAUAGUCACUUCCCUCCAAAAUUUUACAUGC